CAAGUGUUUUUGUCUGCUACAGUACCCACUGAAGGAAGUGGUUGCCAUCCAUCAAGACCCCAGUGCCCUGGAGGACAUCAGGUCCUUGGAGAAAUACAUCGUACAGCUCCUUGUGUUGCUGGACGUGAGUCCGAACCAGUCCAUGUUGGAUGAGGGGGUGGCCAGAGAAGUCAUCAACCGUAUACAGAAACUCAGGAAGAAGGCAAAUCUGGCUCCCCAAGAUGAGAUCACCGUGUUCUACCAGGCCUCGUCAAACUUAACUCGUAUCAUCAGCGAGUUCUCCGACUUCAUCUUCUCCACCCAGGGGGAACAACUCAUCAAGGAGAGCUCAGAGAUCAAGUCUGACAAGAUAGAACUAGCCAUCGUAAGACGAGGCACUGCAUCAGGAGCUCCUUCAAGCUCCACAACAUCACAUCUUGCUCCGGCUCCUGUCAAGAAUGGUGUGAAGCCUAAUUGUAGGUUUCUAAACCUGACGCUGUUAGGAGCAGUUGCCCAAGAGGGUUUCACUGGCAGACAAGGCACAUUACUGUUGGAGAACCCUGUCGGGAGCUUCCCACUGGCUGCAAAAGACUUGGCAGCUGAGGCACAAAGGGUGUUUGGAGUUCGGGGACAGACAGUGAAGGUGUUCGAAGAUGCUGCUCGCACAAAACAGUUUUCACCCGAUUCCAAGAUGGCCGACUACUCCACGCGAACACUUUAUAUAUCUGGUUCAUCCAAUCAGUCAGGUCCAACACCAGCAGGGGUCACCACACCAGUGUGUCACUUUGCUAAUGUUGAGGUCAUCAGGUCAGAAGGCAAGGCUGAGAAGGGGACAUUACUCUUAGAGAACCCUUGAGGUGAUACCCUUUCUGUAGACCAACUUGUAGACCAGGUUAGAGCUGUUUUCGGUGUCAACAGUUCUACUGUGACGGUCAGCAAAACAAGAGACAACAAGGGAGCCUUAACGUCGGCAACAGUGAAAGAGGUGCUGAGUCUACACAGUGAAACGCUAUACGCCAUCAUCAGUUAAUGUGGACAUGGAAUCAGUGUAGCAACAUACUGACGGAUGGAAUUGUUUAUUUUGUUAUUUAAUUUAUGAUAUCAUAACUUAGACAAUUACUAUCUUUGAUUUGCGCCCUUUACAAUUUGAAGUUUGAUUAAUUGCUCAUGUGAUUUAUUCCUAAAUCAACGAACUGGCGCGUCAGACAAACAAAUUACUCUACACCAUGAUGGAGGUAUGUUUGUGUUCUAUUCUGGGACAGUAUGACAAAGAUGUUUGGGGAUUCUGGCAUAGUGAUUAAGGCACUCGCAUGUCAAAUAGAAGUACCAGGUUUGAUUCCUUACAUGGUCACAUGUUAAUUACCUUUUGAAGUUGGCACCCACCGUUUUGCUGAAAUAACACUGAAAACAAAACAAAACCUCACUCUCAUUAAAAGAUGUAUAAACGUUAAGAUUUAGGUAUAUCUGAAUCAGUGAAUGAUUAUAUUUAUCACUUGUUAACUCAUCGGGGGCACUGGUGGCCCAGUCGUCUAAGGCGCCACCAUUCGCACUGCAGAGUUGCGUUCCUUGGGCACGCCAGACACCUGUGAUUGUGGGUUUGAAUCCUGGUUCGCCCCGAUUAUGUUUCUA